CCCCGUGAAUCAUUCCAUCAAAAGACCCCUUCAUCGUCCCCCGGGUUUCUAAAAUGACAAUACAAAGCUGUGAAAACAUUUUCUCACGUGCUUGCCCGAAACAUAUCCUGCUGAGCAAAUAAGGUUGAAUGAAACAGCCCCCUCUACCAACAACUGAGCAGCAGCAGCAGCAGCAACAACAAUGGCAACGACCUCCCCCCAAUCCCCACGUGCUUCCGGUUCCGGAACCGGCGACUGUCCCCCUCCAUCAGCCGAAUCGCUUCGGGACUGGGAGUACGUCAAACAGGGCAUCGCACUGUGGCUCAACAAUCAACCGAAAGCGGCCGAGGAAAGCUUCAGGGACCGACAGUCGAGCGUUCACACCGUUGCCGGUCACGCUUUCAUCACGUUUUUGAACGCCAUAAUUUCCUGGGAAACGGACAAGAUGAACGAAGCUCAAAACCUGUUGCGCGAGCUGGAAAAAACCUGCGCCGGCGAUAUCGGUUGGUUGAAAACGGUGCGCACUAAGCUGUUCGGUAGCUACGGGCCACAGAAAACGCUAACCGAUGCACUGGAGGAGCAAAUCAUCCUGGCCGAUACGCAGCUCUGUUUGGCCAUCCUGGUCUCGUUGGGUCAGGACCUCGGUGGAUUCGUCAAGGGUGGCUGGUUGCUGCGGAAGGCUUGGAAGGUCUACCAACAUACGUACAGCCAGAUUUACGCGCUGUACAGUAGAACCCAGUCCUGUGACAAUAUACCACAAGCGCCUCUUAAACACAAUCUACGGAACGGGCAGCUCGAGUUGGGCACACCUUGUUCGGUGGAUUGGACCGUCCCCAAUUCAGUCCUACAAACUCCUGAUGACAUAGACGAUAAACAAAUUUACCUCACCAUAAACCAACCGUCGACGGAAGAUAUCCGUCGGAAGAUCAGCAAAUCUCGAACGACAUUUUUCGCCGCCUCCUCGGAGCCAAGCAGUUCCGGUAAUCACCAGGAAGCUGGCAGCAGCACAUCCGGCGGAGAAACCAGUAGCAGCAGUACCGUGACAGUCACCACAGACGAAAGCAACGGAAGCGUAUUAAAGCGAAGUCUCACGACUCAAUUCGAAGGGAUUGACCUGCAAAAACAAAGUGCCUCACCCACGACGACACUGUCCAGUAGUGAAUCGAUACCGGCGGAAGUUGGACAACCGGCUGCGGCGGCGGCGGCCAAUCGAGAUGGUUUAAGGCUGGAGAUUGACGGUUUCGGGUCGAAAUUUGCCAGUGAAGCCGUUGGCAGUCGAAAUGGGCUGCAUCACCUGUUGAAAGCGAGACCGCCACCGGAACCUGCCAAUUGUGAUGCGGUAUCCGGGACCAUGGUUGAUGAUAGUAGCAAACCGAUCGACCCGGCUGACGUACGCCGCCUGAUGGGAGCCGUGUGCUUCGGAUACGGCGUCUUUCAGCUCAGCAUUUCGCUACUGCCACCCAGUCUGCUCAAGUUGAUAAGCUUUCUGGGCUUCGAGGGCGACCGAACGAUGGGCGUGGCCUGUCUGAUGCACUCGCGGAGCAGCGUCGAUAUGCGGGCCCCGUUAUCGACACUCGCACUGCUCUGGUACUACACCAUCGUGACGCCCUUUUUCGCGCUUGAUGGAUCGAACUUGAACUAUGAAAUCCAGGCCGCCCAGGAACUGAUAGAUGACUCCGAUCAGCAGUUUUCGAAAUCGUCGCUGUUUUUGUUCUUUCGAGGUCGACUCGAGCGAUUGAAGUCGAACAUCAAAGGAGCAAUCCAAGCCUACGAAGUUUCGUACAAAUCUUCAGUUCAGCGAGAAAUUAAGCUUCUGUGUUUGCACGAAAUUGGCUGGUGCCGGUUAAUUCAACUGGACUACGGCAAAGCGAUGAACAACUUUAAAGAUCUGAGGCGGUGCAGCCAAUUUUCGAAAAGUUUCUACGCUUAUAUGACGGUCAUCUGCCAGGGAUCGCAUGGGUAUUUUGAUGAGCUGACAAAAUGGCGCUCGGAGAUCACGGAAUUGCUUAAUCGGUCCAGCCAGAAAGAGUCACAGAUCGAGAAGUACAUCACCCGGCGCUGUGUCAAAAUUCCCGCCAGUGAAGAAGAACAGCAAAAAUUCGACACCCUCUACUGGCGAUUGCUGGUCUACGAGAUGCUGUUCAUGUGGAAUGCCCUGUCCAGUUGUGAUCAGGCCACUCUGGAAGCCAUCGUGGAAGAUUGUGGGAAACAACCAGAAGAGGAACUGAAUGAACCCUCGCUGGGAUUGGGACAGCUGGUUUUGGGAGCUGCCCUGACUGCACUGCACCGCCCGGAGGAAGCAGCCGGAGCCUUUCGUCGAUGUAUUGGCCGCCGGGAGGGUGAGAUGCUCCUGGAUGUUCACAUUUCUGCCUUUGCCCAUUACGAGCUUGCCAUGCUGUUGCUUCGCCGGCAAAACGAUAAGGAAGCGCGAGCCGAGGCCAGACAGUUGCUGCUUUUUGUCCAGCAAAACUACCGGUGCUUUGAUUUCGAUAAUCGCAUCAACGUUCGAAUACAUUCCAUCCUUCGGAGGCUCGACUGAAAUGGUUUGAGAACAGUUGUUAGAAUUGUAGGUACGAAAUAAAAGGUGAAAACAAACAAAAAAACGGUAAAACUAUUUCCCAGUGAUAUUAUUAUUACGGAUUUAUUGCUCUUGAAUACUUUUAAGCAUUGCCGUGUGAAUAAUCGUAUUUAGAAAAACCCAACUUAAUAAUACACAACAGGCCGGAAAAAAACUGUCGUCAGAACA